AUGUUCUCUGAAUAUGCCUCCAAGUUCCUGUCUCAGUCUCAGUCGCGGCUGUCACUGGGUCAGCCCGACUCGCCCUUCAACCGCAACGAUAACGGGAGGCAGCGACCCUCUUCGCGCGCCGCCCAAGCCUACCAACAGCGUCGCAACAUGCCAAACCCCUACAACUCGCAGGCUAUGAGCCGCUUCGCAUUUGCCUCACGCACCUCGAACGCGCCCGCGCCUCUCUUCUAUUCAGCCACGGACGACUUCCGGGAAGAGGACGAUCAUGUCGAGCAUGAUCGAGAGAUGGCCGAUCACUAUGCUCUGCAACGGUCGCGGCGGCAGUUUGGUGCCAGUAACCUUUCGGAGUCAUCAGAAGUGGAAGACGAUGUCAACCAAAGAUCAGAUCACACGAUAGGAGCCGAUAGAGAUGAAAACGACACACCCGGGUAUGGUCUUGGCAGAGGGAUCAAGAGCUCUUGGAAAGGAGACCAGCCCACACGAGGCAGGUCAACGGUUGUGGAGGGGCUGGAUGAUGAGGAGAGAGAGUCGAGCGUUCCUUUGUCCGAGUCGACCAACCCGAGCAACCGAGGAAGGGGACGUCUAGUGGACGUAGAACUCGAAUCUACAGAUCGAGGAAGUAUAGAAGAACUAGACAGGAACGAGCUCCUGGGGCACAAAGACGAGGAACCACCACCACCAUUCCAGCAAUUCCGAAAUAUGCCAAGACCAAAGCGCGGCCGAAGUCCUCUGCGAACGAACUUGCCGGUCCCACAAGAGACAGACGAGGAUAUCCUGCUGAACCACUCCCGUUCAAUAAGCCCAGAUCGUCAGACGGUACCGGAUGAUGUGCCAGGAAGCCCGAUAUCUCCGCCAAGACAUAACUUCUUUUGGGCGGAGCUCUUCAUAAUCGUGCAGUGCGCGAUACUUGGGACCUGGUUCAUUUCGCUUCUGCAAGAAUCGCCGCCAAACAAGAAGAACCCACUGGGAGACACAAUUUAUACUGUAUUGCACUCGUCCUUCCACCUUAUCGGAGUGUACUCACUCAUAUCAAUCCUGGUCGGACUGCUAUGGUUGUCACUACUGCGCUCAUUUGCACGGCCACUGGUCACUCUCAUGCUACUUGCGGUUCCAACAAUAUCCUUCUCAUUCUUCCUCUACCCAUUUGUAUCGAGUUUCAAGGGCUCUUGGCACGGGGAUAGCGUGCAGGAUAGGGCCAUGCGGUGGCUCUCUUUGGGUCCGUUAUGUUUCGCCAUCUUCUGGGUGUAUACCGUAUUCAAAGCGCGCCAUUCUUUAGACAAGGCUACGGGCAUGCUGGAGUUUUGCAGCCAAAUUCUCAGGGCGCAAUUUCCACUGCUCCUUGUCGGCAUCGCGACAUUGGCCACCGUUAUUCUCUGGUCCUGGGUCUGGAUGCUCAUGUUCACACGUUUAUUCCUUGGUGGCCACUUCGCCAGCAACAAGUCCCGCUGGAUCAUCGAUGCUAGUACGUGGUGGCUCGGCAUCGCUUUCUUCCUGGAUUACUUCUGGGCAUUGGGCGUCAUUGCAGGUGUUCAGCGCGCGACAACCGCAGCCACCGUCUCUCAGUGGUACUUUCACCGCAACAGCGUCCCCACACCAGCAGCCAGGAUCGUGGUCCAAGCAUCACUCAGUCACGCCAUGUAUACGAUGGCUGGCACCAUCUGCAUGUCAACCUUGAUUUCCCUAAUGGUUCGCCUCCCUCUCAUUGUCCUCCCUAGAAGACUAGCCGGCAUGAUCAGCAUGUGUGCAUACUCGGUUGUGCCAACACCCAUCGCCGCCCUUACGAACCCACUCACGUUGACAUUCGCUUCCAUACACGGGGUUCCUCUCAACCAAGCCGCACGUGGCCUCUCACAAAUGAGUUUCAUCUCUGCCGCAUCUCCUACGACCACGCUUGGCCCAAGCUCUUUCAAGGACCGCGGCAAGCCCUCGAUUCAAUCCUACCGCCUUGCGAAACUUCUCCUCCAUGCGAUUCGGUGGGUCAUAACCCUAUCUCUUGGGUUUGGGGGCUGGGUAUCUACAGCGCGCAUGCUGCAACUCAGUAAUGACACUGUGCCUUAUAAAGGUAGCCUCUAUGCUUAUGUGGUUGGUCUCAUCAGUGCGGCGAUUGGAUGGGGUGCUCUCGGUGCCAUGGAAGGCGUACUUGGAGGCAUCCUCGAUGCAGUUCUUGUCUGUUGGGGCAGUGAGGUUGGCAGCGACGGUCAGGGUCAGGCGAGAUAUUGUGUAGAUGCAGGGCGAUUGUUUGGAAAUGAAGUUCAGGCAGGGCGAUCGAGGUAUGAGGUUUAG